UUUGCUCUUUGUCCGCGGUGGAGAGAUAAAUCAAGGUCUGUGUUUAGUUAUGUGAAGGUCAGUGUUGCUUAAGCGAAGAGGAAUGAAGGAAAAAUCAGAGAAAAUUACGUUGUUUAUAUAUCUCCUUUCCUCCUCCCUCUCCUCUCCUCUUCUUCUUCCUCUUCUUCUCUCUCCUCCUCCUCGUUGCCAAAUACUGUGACUUAGGAACAAUACGACUUGUCUACCACACGCCACUGAAGACCACGCCGCCUCCUCUUCCUCCUCCUCCUCCUCCGUCCACGUCAGCAGGAUGGAAAGCACAGAGGGUGGCGGGAUGGCCGUGAUGGGGGCGACGAGGAGGAUGUGCCGCUGGUGUCCUACCCGAGCACUGCGUCGCGGCGUGUACUUCCUGGUGCUGUGGUGCUCCCUCUGCUACCUUGUCUUCAGGUUCUCGGGUCAGGAGGAGGCAGGAUUCACACACGGAGGAACAGGACGCCUCCUGUUACAAAAGAUCGUUGAGACCCGAGCGCCUCCCUUCGCCACCACCGAGUCGGCACCCAACGUGACCACAGAGUUCAACCCGCUAGAGCAGGAGCCCUCGGUGGACCGCUCUCCGUCCCUCUCGGAGCAGGACAUGGCAGAGCAGAUCCAGGCCAAGAUCCCCAACCUGCCCAUCAGCUACUGGCAGAAAUACAAAGGAAAGGCCAUGUCCAAGAACAAGACAUGUGCCAAGUUCCCCUCACUCUAUGAGCUGAGCUUCAACAAUAUGUACUGGCAGACCCUCAAGACCAGCAAUGGCACCUUCCACCUGUACGGAGCUUACUACGACAACCGCACGCUGGUGGCCAUGAAGCCCGUCAUCCGAGUACUGGGCAUGAUAGACCGGCUGGAGCCACGCGUCAAGACCUUCUGCCAGCUGUGGUUUGAGGGCUAUAAGGAGCCAAUUUUUGCCAAGGUGUGGGAAUAUAAGUACAUCUGGUACAAGAAAUGGGGAAACUACAAAAAUGGACUCUUCCAACCAUAUCUCAUCGGGUGCCAGAUACCACCGGGCCACCGGCACUUGGUGCCACAGUCAGUGUCACUGGUGGAGCGGCCGUGUGACAUGGCCACCACCAACCUGAGGGUCAUUAAUAACAAACCACCAAAUGGCCAGAAGGAAGACUUUGCCGUGUGUGUCAAGGGACUGGAUUUCCUGCACGAUGACCUGAGUGUGCGCCUGGUGGAGUGGCUGGAGAUGCUGCAUGUGCUGGGUGCCAACAAGGUGUUCCUUUAUGAACUGGAGGUACAUCCUAACAUUUCCAAGGUGUUGCAGCACUACCAGGCACUUGGCCGUGUGGAGGUGACCAAGUUAACCCUUCCAGGGGAGCAGCCCAAUAUCCCAGGGCUCCUUCACAUGUACCUCAAGUCUAAGGUGACCAACAAGCGGCAGAACGAACUCAUCCCCUACAAUGACUGCCUCUACAAGAACAUGUAUCGCUACCGCUACAUCGCACUCCUUGACACGGACGAGAUCAUCAUGCCAAAGAGCUCCAUGUCCUGGAAGGGCCUCAUGGAUAUAGUGGUGCCCAAAGCCCUCAAGACUAAAAAGGAUCGCCGAGCAUCCUACAAUGUGCGCAACGUCUACUUCAUGGACACAAUGCGUCAUUCCCAUGGGUGGUUCCGUGAGAUCCCACACUACAUGCACAUGCUGCAGCACGUGUACCGCUCCGUCAACUACACCAAGCCGGGCCAGUACGUCAAAUGCUUCCACGACCCAGAGCGAGUCCUCACCUUGCACAACCACUUCCCACUGGCCUGCUUGGGGGGAAGCUGCUCCUCCUACGCUGUGGACACCGAGGAUGCCCACCUGCAGCAUUACCGUGCCGACUGUGUCAACACUCUCAAGAAGUCUUGCUCUCAAGAGUACAAGAACCACACCGUUCUGGACACUACCAUCUGGCGGUUCCGUGAGCCACUAGUCAGCCGAGUCACAGAGACACUGCUCAAGCUUGGCUUCUUCACCACCAACUCUUCCUCCAGGCUGAUGGACCUUCCAGCAUCUGGCGUGAGGAGAAAAUGAUGGUGGCACUGGUGACUCUCUACAAUGUGCCUUAUGCGGAGUGUCCCGUGUGGUUCUGCCCCGUCCAUCCUCACCAGACUUAAGUCCCCUGCUGACCCUGCCCUACCUAGAGGCAGGGGCAGCACUGCUCAAAGUGUUAAGGUUCAGGCCAGAGGCACCAUGGUCACCUGUCAGACAGACAUCACCACCACUUGACAGGUGCACCCUGGGAGGAAGGCCCUGGUAGCUCAGUGAGGGUCUAGAGCCUCUCACCAGUGAAGUGAUGGAUUGCCACCUGUGGCUGCUGCUGCUGCUGUUGCUGGCUGCUGGGGAGGGAUGAAGUUUUUGAUCAAGAUAAUAAAGUCUGGGAUUCCUCUCUCAGCUCUCCAGAGACACAGUGAGUGCACAGAGGUGACAGCCAUAAACUGCAUUAUUAGGGGACGGAGUACCAACUGCUGUCCGGUAGAAGGAACUCCAAACUGUAAGACUGUGAUGCAUAGGAGGUUUCAUCAUGUCAUUCAGUGUAAAUAUCACACCAUCCAUCAGUCUGCUUCCUCAUCUCUACACUUUCUCUUGAAAUGCAAACACUUUCAUGGUUAAUAUUCAAUUGUACUGAAAACUUUCAGGACCAAUAUUCAGUUGUAUUGAACUUUAACUUUAUAUUUAUAUAGUGAUGAAACACUUCAGCAAAGCAAGGGUUUUCACAGAUGUGAGUGAGUGUCACCUACUAGUAAGUGUAAUUUCUUGGCAGUACCUCCCUAAUCUCUUCUUACAAACCAGCUAUUUAUAUGAUAUUGAGGCACAGCAAAACGUAAGCCACUCGGCCUUUUGAGCAGCUGUUACUACUCAGUGUUACUUGGGACUUGCUGUGCUGGUGAUGUCCUAGGUGAAGCUCAUUUUCCCCAGGUAUGCACUGACCUUCACAUCUGAAUUAGGUAUCUACACACACACACACACUAUACACUCUCUCUCUCUCUCUCUCUCUCUCUCUCUCUCUCUCUCUCUCUCUCUCUCUCUCUCUCUCUCUCUCUCUCUCUCUCUCUCUCCCACAGUUCAAUUCCUUCUUCAGACCUGAAAAAACUGGGAAGACCAGUUUAUGUGAAUUUAACCACCAGUAACAAACACUGCCUAGAUAAGAAGAGCAAAUCCCAUGCAACACUGCAAGAUUGUAAUACCUAAAUUUUUUUAUCUACUUGCUUACUCUACAUUGCCAAGGACAGAUGGAAGGUCUGAGGUAAGCUGCAUUGUUUUAUUACUAGCUACCAGGCUGUCCCUUGUAUCAAGUAUCAGGUCUGGCAUAUAUGGAGAAGUGUAGCAGCAAGACAGAUGUUGUUUGUAAGAUGAGUGACUGAGUAUAGAUCAUAUUCAUAAUGGACUCAGAAUAUUACUUUUUUUAAGGCAUUUGAAACAAUGUCACUCACUGCCACACUGUAAAAACCCUUCCUUUCAUAAUGGUAAAAGAAUGUAACUUAACUUGUCAUCAUAACACAUUACAAAAUGGCAAAUAAAACCACCAUGAAAGUAGUAGUAUCUUGCCAACUGUUUCAGGAAGAGGUGUGGAACCCAAGCAGAUAUUUUCCUACCCAUUUCUCCUAUAACACACCUCUAGUAUUAUAUAAUGUGUAGCCUAAGAAGCUUGGGGAAGACAUUGUUUUGUAAUUUAUCUGAAAAAUGCACACAGGAAGGUAAGAAUAUCAUUGUCCAAACUACUGAUUCAGCCAAGUUUUGAAUUUGAUGUUUUGUCUCAUUACCUCUGAUACUUUUAAUUAAACUUAAAUAAAUAUUCUUCUCUCAAAACAAAGUGUCUGGCUAGAUCUGUGUAGAUUUACACAGAAGGCAAGUGACAGUAAGCAGAUAAUAGCCAGGCUUGCUGUGCUGCUUGGUACACAAGUCAAACGUAAAUGCAAAGCCAACAUUGUGCUGUGAGGGAUGCAAGAAGCAUUGUGUGUAACCAACACGCCAAACAAACCCAGAAUGUACAGUAAAUCCAAGUGGAAAUAAGAAAACCAAUUCAAUAUAAUUCACUACAGUUGUGUAAUGCAGAGACGUCACACGACUCAAACAUACAUCAUAUUUCUACUUGGAUUCACUUUCUUUUCCAGCUGCAUGCUUCACGAGUGUUGCACAGCAGCCAUUCAUGCUGUUGCUUACAGCAUCAGUUCACACCAACAAUGCAAUUACAGGACCUGUGCAUAUAUUCCAUAUCAUUACUACAAGAUGAUAGGCAGGGAGAGUUUAGUUACACCAACAGAGGGCAUUCAAAGGUGGCCUAGUUUUAUAUAAUAUAAGUGAUACUCGGCACCAUAAGGUUAUGACAUGUUCAGGCAGGAAAAAUAACAUGAUCGGCUAAAAUUAAUCAUAAUACUAAAGGCAAAUCAAGUUCCUUAUAUUGUCCCUAAUGAGCUUUACUGUUUUUUAAUCCAUUCCUUUAAACUUUAUUAUAAAUGUUAAUAAUAUUUCAUGAUUUUCCUUCGAGAGCAAAGAAUCAGAUUACUGUACAAUACAGAGCAUCUUGUGCUCAUCCUUUAAAGACUUCAGCAAUAAAAAGUUUCCUUCAUGACGAUAAACACAAGCUGCACUUCUGUUAAGGAAGCCAUCACACCUGGCCCUUCACUUGUGUGUUAGUUACUGUUGCUGUCACCACUACACGCAAGUGUUGUGGGAAUGGAGUCCCCAGCUGUGCUGUGCAGGCUGCGACACAGACCAGUGCAUGGAGUAUAAAGGGACACAAUGCGAUAAUACUAAGUUAUGUUGGAAUGAAGUGCCGAGGGCUAGGGGUGUCUGUCUGGUGAGUGCCACCACCUGAGGGCAGCACCCAGAGCAAUGCCACAGUGCCAUUUCUAGCCACAGUGUGUAAACUUAAGAGCCAAAGUCAUGUCUUUUUUUUUUUUUUCUUUUUUUAAUGAAGAGUGACAUUUUAUAUAGAUUGUUUUAUUACCACCUAUCCUAAAAUUAUGACUUGAAGCCUCACAAGUCAGCAAAUGAUCUGAACUCUACCAAUAGUCUAAAUCAGUGGUUCCAAAACUGGGGGUAAUUUAUCCCCUGGAGGUUAUCUAACAAUUUUGGGGAUUAAAAUUUUAAAAAUAUUUAAUUAGAAAAAUCAAAAAAAUAUUGUAGCACCUGACAUUAGGAUUAAUGUUAACUUAGUAUACAAAGUUAUAAAUAAUUAUUAAUUAUAAUUAAUAAACUGAAUAACAAAACAUCAAAAACUAAUAUAUAGUUUCAGAAAGGAUGUAUUUAUCGAAAUAUGUGGCAACCCAAAAGUAUUUUGUGAAAUGAGUAAUAUGCUUAGUGUGGCAUAUUAAAUUGGGUAACAUGCUGAAAAAGUUCAGGAACCACUGGUCUAAGUCUUUGUUCUACCCUUUCACUCUUUUCAAACCUCGCUCUUCCUUCUGUCAACCUCCCACAAUAGACUGUUAAUGUCUAAAGACUAACUUCAAUUAACAGACUAUGAGGUAAGUAAAAAAGUAACAACUAACCUCGUGGCAGCCCUUGGGAGUGAAGAGAUGUGGUGCAAUGUGAACAGUGCACCGAGCACACGGGGCGUGUCCUGGUUCCUGUGGGACCAUGUCUGUCAACAACUUGUUCUGAAAACACCAUCAGAAGUUAUUCAUAGUAAGCACGAAAUAGAUCAAUAUGACAGAAAAACAAACUUGUAAUCUGAUGAGAUCAAGAUAAGGAAAGAGAAAAUGAAGGUCAUAAGGAGCCUGAUGUGUGGCAUCACAGCCACCACAACAUUAAUUUCUUUUCACAUUCCAAAAUCCCCAAAAAUAUAAACAAAAAACUCUAUAAAAAAACCACCAGAAAUAUCACGAUUCAUCACCAUCACCACCUACCAAGAGGCAUUAGACAAGACAGCUACUCACCAAGGAGCAACAGCAUCCAGGGACCAGCUGGGGCCAAAUCCACAACAGACGCCUUAGGGCCUUAGGCUACCAUAGCCUCUUCUUCGAAACCCAGGCCAUGUGCCUCGCCUUGCAGCUCUUUUUGGUAGCCAUCCUCAAGCCAUGAGGUCUGGAUUGAGAUGAGCACCAACCAGAUGGCACUGCAGUGUUCCUCUUCAGGUGGGGCAGAAUGCUGAUGUGGGAUGCCAAAUGCAUAACCAUAUACACUAGCACCAACCUCCCUGACUGCUUCUGCCAUUGGGGCAGCCACUCAAGCUACCGAACAGCAUAAACACCUGCACUAUACGGCCUUCGCCCUGCACUAUGAAUUUAUGCCUCUCCAUACAAACAAGUGGGGUGUUGGGCCCAGCUUUUGCCAACUUACUUCAAAACAUCAGCAAAUACAUCAACCAGCAAAAUGAAGAGCCUCACAAAACAGCCUGGCUACAACCUCAUAGUGGUUUGAGGAAACGCGUCUGCUAUCUGCAGGCCCAUGGAUGGCAACAUAAGGCACACACACACACACAGGAUGAAUGUCACAGCACAGCACCUUGCAGAAAGAAGGGCAGCUGCCAUCGCACUUGCUGAUACCUGAGUAAGUAAAGAUAAGCGGAGACAUGAAAAAAAAAACACACACACACAAAGGAAAAAUUAUAACAGCAGAUUAAUAAAGUGAUCAUUGUUAUUUUCUUAUGUACAAAAAUAGGCAGACAUCACUCAUUCCUUAAGAUAUAAAAACACCUAGUGCCAGACUCUCCCUGUGGCAGGACAUGGAGUAUGGAUGAGGUACUACAGCAAUACCACCACCACAGUAACAUAUAUUCCUCGUGUCUUCAGCCACUCUAUCUGACUGACUGACUCAAGGAUUACAUGCCAAGUGUGAGAGAACAUAGCCACAAUCAGUAAUCUGUGUGUCACACUCACUUCCAAUCUAUAAAGCAUUUUCUCUAAGUCCUCUGAUCUGUCUGCCACUAUGAGAUGUCAUUUCAUAACUCUGUUGGCAAAUUAGACUCAAGACUAAGAGAAAAUACACUGUACAGUAUAAAUGAGUGUGGGUUACUGACUGCUGCCAGUGAAUUUACUAAACUCAAGUAGGGAAGUGAAGAAAGACCUCAACACAACUCCUGGAUAAUAUGAGAGGGAAGGAGGGAGAGGUGGGUGUUGACUUCACUCGGCACAGAGGUGUAAGCUUGUCAUGGUUGAGACAGUGUAGUGUGUUAACAGCUAUUCCUUUUCUCUCACUACCAAAGUCUGCAUUUCACUUCACUUUUCUAGUUCCUAACUCUUCUUAACCCUUUGACUGUUGUGGCUUGUUGACCUAGAUACUAUAAAUGUGUUAUAUUUCAAAUACUAUUUAAAAACCAACAGCAAAAGAAGCGACUUGGAAAACUCAAGCCUUUACUUGCUUCAAUUUUUAUUCCACAGAACCAGAUCAUAUCACCAUCAGAAGCAGUCAAAGAGUUAAACACACUUAAGUAUUUCUGAACACUUUCUGAACACACUAGAAUAUAUGAAAUCGGUGGGCAGAUCUCGGCUACCACUCUACAAGUAUUACUUGGUGUGGAUCACACAAGAAGUUGAUUUUUCUCACUCUCGCAACACGUGUAGCUCGCACUUCUGUCCCUCAUUCAUAUAAAGUGCCUAUUACCACACAAUCAAGAUCAAUCUGUACAUCAAUUAAAUGAAAUACUGUUGCUUUCUACAGCAUUGAACAAGACGAUUUUCAGUAGUACAAUACCAUCAUCUCUAAAAUAUGUGAUGACAUCCACCGAAUACUAGGCCACUCCACUGCAGCUUCUUAUUUCAAGACAGAACAUAUACAAAUCCACUGAUCUGUGUAGUGAACAUAUACAAAAACAAUCUCUAUUCUUGCAUUAUUAAAUAAAAGGAAAAAAAAGGAAAAAGUUCUGUAAAGUAAUAUACCUUUUGUAUGUAUUAUAAAAGUGAUGUAUUAUCAGCAAAUACACAAUAGUAUAAUGCCUAGUAUGUAUGUAUACAGGGAUACCAUAAACUUUCAUCAUUUUCAAAACACUGCAAUUAAUUAUCAGUACUAUUGAUAUUCUUUCUUGCCAUUACACCUUUUCUUUCUUUCAUCUUUGUUUGAGAUGUUUUCAUGGUGAUACUACAUCAAGCAAAACAAUUCAUCCACCAGCAAAUGUGACUGAGUCUGCUGCAUCACUGCUUACUACACUGACUAGGUUAUGCACUCCUAGACACACAAUUGCUCAUCAGUAGGUUUCACAGUUAAUGUUUUCAUUGGGCAGCUUUACUUUUUCCUUCUCAAACCCAACAGAUUGAAAUAUGAAAACUUUUUCCCUGACGGCAUAAGGCAGUGUGUGUGCCCAAGCUCAUUAGAAAUGCAAGAUUACAUUCAAGUAACAGUAAGGAAUACUAUUUGUCACAUCCACAGGAGCUAAUGAAGAAUGGCCCCUGGCACCCUCCAGCCUGCAAACACACACACACACACACACACACACACACACACACACACACACACACUUAGGGAAAGAUUAUGCCGUCCCUUUCAUCAACUACAGUUGCCAUUUGGCCUCAAGAAUCACCAGUCUGAGGCCAAAAAUAAUGAGGCACAUGAACAUAAGACACUAGGAUGUUUAUCACUGGUGAUUCUUGACUUCUUGUACUUCUUUAUGUUGUAACUCUUGUACCUUGUGGCAAAGCUAUACACACACACACACACACACACACACACACACACACACACACACACACACACACACACACACACACACACACACACA